AAUCGUCUCUUUGUGGAUUUCUCGACGGCGCCAUUUUGAGAAGUUUAACGUGUAAGGGGUAUUUGUUGGGCACACUUUUAUUGAUUACGCUACAUUUUGGUAAAUUUAUACAUAAAUUGCAGACGUUGAAAGGUGAGUAGGCCAUAGGAGUACACCGAAAAUGGCAACGGGAGCAAAUGCAACUCCGUUAGGGAAGUUGCACCCCAGCAUCGGCGCUAAACGAGGAUUUGAUGCGGGGCCUGGUGCGGGAAACGGGCUGAUGCCGACACCGGGGCCGCCUGCCUCCUUCCCGGCUCUGCAAGUAUUUCAGCCCCCAAUGCCGACCGCCGCUUUCCCGCAGUUCAGUCCGGCGGCAGGGUUUGCUGCCCCGCUCCCACAGCAACAACUACCGUCGGUCGUGUCCGGACCAGAUUUUGGCUCGAAGAAACAAAGGAAGAAGAGUCGCUGGAGCAGCGAGACGCCCGAUCAGAAGACGGUCAUUCCGGGCAUGCCCACUGUCAUUCCCCCCGGCCUGACCCGGGACCAAGAGAGAGCCUAUAUAGUCCAACUGCAGAUCGAAGACCUGACUCGUAAACUGCGUACAGGAGACCUGGGAAUCCCUGUUAACCCUGAGGACAGGUCUCCGUCUCCGGAGCCAAUCUACAACAGCGAGGGGAAGAGGUUAAACACCCGAGAGUACCGCACGCGGAAGAAGAUCGAGGAGGAGCGUCACUCCCUCAUCACAGAGAUGGUCGGACUGAACCCUGACUUCAAGCCUCCUGCAGACUACAAACCUCCAGCCACCAGAGUCAACGACAAAGUGAUGAUCCCCCAGGAUGAGUACCCUGAAAUCAACUUUGUUGGUCUUCUGAUCGGGCCGCGAGGUAACACGCUGAAAAACAUUGAGAAGGAGUGCUGUGCCAAGAUUAUGAUCCGGGGGAAAGGUUCGGUGAAGGAGGGGAAGGUCGGCCGGAAAGAUGGACAGAUGCUUCCAGGAGAAGACGAGCCGCUGCACGCCCUCGUCACCGCCAACACCAUGGAGAAUGUCAAAAAGGCCGUGGAGCAGAUUCGUAACAUUCUGAAACAAGGCAUCGAGACGCCUGAGGAUCAGAACGACCUGAGAAAGAUGCAGCUGAGGGAGCUCGCCAGACUCAACGGCACCCUGAGGGAGGACGACAACAGAAUCCUUCGUCCGUGGCAGAACGCUGAACCUCGCAGCAUCACCAACACGACCCUGUGCACCAAGUGUGGUGGAGCUGGACACAUCUCCUCCGACUGCAAAUACACCAGCACCUUCGCUGCCCACAGAGCGACGGGCGGCGAGCCCCCUCAGUCGGCUCAGGACAAAGCUCGUAUGGACAAAGAGUAUCUGUCCCUCAUGGCCGAGCUGGGGGAGGCUCCGGUCCCUUCGUCUGGAGGAGGACACUCUGGAAACCAGGGAGGAGCACCCCGGUCCUCAGGACCCAACAGCAACCAGCCCCCACCGCAAAACCGCCCCCCCUGGAUGAGCUCCGGGCCCACUGAGAACAGGAACUACCACAGCAUGCAUGGUGGACCGGGAGGUCACGGAGGACCUCACAGCUUCCCUCCCCCCAUGCCAAACAUGGGAGGCCCCCCAAUGCCUCCAAACCCCAACGGCCUGCCUCCCCCCUGGAUGCAGCCCCCUCCUCCUCCCAUGGGCCAGGGACCAGGACCUCAUGGACACCCCAUGGGUCUUCUGCCGCCUCCGAUGGGCAUGAUGCCUCCUCCCCCUCCUCCCCCCAGCAACCAGCCGCCUCCCCCUCCUUCUGGACCCCUGCCACCAUGGCAACAGCAGGCUCCACCCCCACCUCCAACCAGCAGUAUGGCAACCAGUACACCGCUGCCAUGGCAACAGAACACCACCACCACGUCCAGCCCUGGAACCGGCACCCUGCCCCCCUGGCAGCAGCCCCAGCAGACUGCAGCCUCCGGAGCUCAGCCCCCUCCACCCAUGGGAACCCCCUCCAUGGUGCCGCCUCCCCCUGGCGUCCAGCCCCCACUGCCCCCCGGAGCCCCUCCUCCUCCCCCUCCCCCUCCCCCGGGCUCAACAGGCAUGAUGUACGCGCCUCCGCCUCCCCCGCCUCCCAUGGACCCUUCCAACUUUGUCACCAUGAUGGGGAUGGGGGUGCCGGGCAUGCCCCCCUUUGGCAUGCCUCCUGCACCACCGCCCCCUCCCCCUCAGAAUUAACCCCCCCCUGCAGAAGAAUCGUCCUCCCAUACGUGUGCUCACAGAAAACAUAUAACCAGUGCUUUAUUUUUUAAUGAUCAUCCAUAUGAGAGGCUGUCGGUUGAGUUUGUAAAGUAACUUAAUCAGUUCUGUUUUUAAAAUUCACACUCUGCGAACAAACGCGUCCUGAUCACUGACGCAGUUCAUCCUCCUACCUGUAAACUAAACAACUCAUCAGAUAUCCAGCAGCGUCUAAUUUCUGCUCAUCGCUUCUUCACUCAAACGUUACGUUAUUGGAGAUAAUAUAUUGGAACUUGUCUUGCAUGGCCCAUUAAAACACAUCGCUCACAGAUGAUUCUCCCGUCAUGUCCCCCGUGUCGGCUUAACGUUGAAUAAGAUUAAUAUUUUUGUAAUAACGACGUGAAGUGUUUCUUAGUUCUGUCAGAAAAUCUUUUUGUAGUUCUGUCUCUGAUGUUUUCCAGAAGUUUCCAGGGUUUUUAUUGUUUUGUUUUUUUCUUUAGUCUACUUGCCUGCGUCUCAGUCGUGACAUUGAGUUUAAAAAGAGGGGGGGAGGGGGGUUUGAUGCUUCUGACCCGCCUGCACUACUUGAAUGCUAAACAUCCGAUGUAUCUUUGUUUUCCGGACAUGAUAUGACGCUGUGUGCAGUGUUUGUGUUGCUCUCUGCAAGGACAAAGACAUGUUAGUUUUACUCUCUUUCUGGAAUCGGUCUGUUGUGUUGAGUGUGAAUGAAUAGCUGUUGAAAUCUUGCUUUGUUUCGCAUUAAACUGAUCCAUUUCA